AAUCUCUUCCCUCCUCCCAUCUUAUGGCUCCCCCUUCCAUCUUCCCCCUCUCUCUCCUCCUCCUCCUCCUCCUCCUCGCAGCUUCUCCUCCCGCUUCGUCCCACCAGGUCGUCGCCUCCGACUGCCUCAAGGUUUCCUCCUCCCAGUUCUCUUCCUCCGUCUCUCAGGCCCUCCAUGUCUUGCGCCAGCUUAUCUCCCUCUUGUCCCGCUUCUCUGAUUUCUCCCCCGACUCUCGCAUCUCCCGUGCAGUUUUCGACUGCCUCGAUUUGCUCGACGUGUCCUCCGAUCAACUUUCCUGGUCCGCUUCUGCUUCUCAAUCUCCCCAAGGCAAGCAUAACGGUACUGGAAACCUGAGCUCCGAUUUGAGGACCUGGUUGAGCGCCGCGCUGGCGAAUCCGGAGACAUGCAUGGACGGUUUUGAAGGCACCGACAGCAUCGUGAGCAGUCUGAUAUCCAGCGGCCUGGGACAGGUGACCUCGUUGGUGCAGGAGCUGCUGGCCCAGGUGCACACUGUCCCGGACCAUUUCUCCAGCCGCAAGAGCUGGUUCCCCUCCUGGAUUAAACCUCGGGACCGCAAGCUCCUGCAGGCCAAUGGCGUGCCGGUAGAUGUGGUGGUGGCUGCUGAUGGGACCGGAAAUUACACCAAGGUGAUGGAUGCGGUGCUUGCAGCUCCUGACUAUAGCAUGAAGCGCCAUGUUAUAUAUGUUAAGAGAGGCGUGUACACCGAGAACGUGGAGAUCAAAAAGAAGAAGUGGAACCUCAUGAUGAUUGGUGACGGUAUGGAUGCCACCAUAAUCUCCAGCAACCGUAGUUUCGUGGACGGUUGGACGACCUUCCGCACCGCUACUUUUGCUGUCAGCGGGAGAGGGUUCAUAGCACGAGACAUGGGGUUCCAGAACACGGCAGGGCCGGAGAAGCACCAGGCAGUGGCACUGAGAUCCGACUCGGACCUCUCAGUGUACUACCGAUGCGGCAUUUAUGGAUACCAGGACAGCCUCUACACCCACACGAUGCGGCAAUUCUACAGAGAAUGCAAGAUCAGCGGCACGGUGGACUUCAUCUUCGGGGACGCCACGGCCGUGUUCCAAAACUGCCAGUUAGUGGCAAAGAAGGGCCUGGCAAAUCAAAAGAACACCAUCACGGCUCAGGGGCGAAAGGACCCCAACGAGCCGUCGGGUUUCUCCUUCCAGUUCUGCAACGUGUCGGCAGAUUCAGACCUGGUGCCGUGGCUGAACUCGACGCAGACGUACCUGGGAAGACCGUGGAAGAGCUACUCACGAACAGUGUUCAUGCAAUCGUACAUGAGCGAGGUCGUGAGGCCAGAAGGGUGGCUGGAGUGGAACGGGGACUUCGCGCUGGACACAUUGUACUACGCCGAGUACCUGAAUUACGGGGCCGGAGCAGCGCCGGAGAAGCGAGUCAAAUGGGGAGGCUACCGGCCUCUGAACGAUUCCAGCCAGGCCGCUAACUUCACGGUGGCUCGCUUUAUUGAGGGCAAUCUCUGGUUACCUUCAACGGGGGUCACUUACACCGCCGGCUUAGGGGUUUGAUUCCUCCUCAGGAGAAAUUUAUUUAUUUAUUCUAUAAGACCGACCGACACGAUGUAUUCUCGUUGUUGUUGAGAUAAAAUUCUCUCUCAAUAACAUUCGCGAUUAACUUAAGAAGACGUGCGUAGUUACUUUCUGGUUUCCUCAGACACCUCAUGUGCCCGAGGCAGGAGGAUCCUUCUUUUAUUCUUUUGGACCAAGCAAAGCAACAUCUAGUCUCCACAACGUGUUACAUCAUUUGCCGAUCAAUAAAUCACGUCUUUGACGGUUUGACC